AUGGAAGGAUUUUGUUUGCUAGUUCCUCGAAAUAUUCAUGUAUCAGCUUCUGAUAACUUUAUCUCAUCAUUUGACAACUCUUUGUUACUUUUUGAUUUUAUAUCAAUAUUCCUUCUUAUUGUUACAUGGAAAAUUCUAGCUUCAUAUGGACCUAAUAAAAGAUCAAUCACAUCCAUCGUGUUUUCAGUUUAUAAGAUUGCAAUGAAUUUAGGAGCUGCAGGUUUGGAUCAAUUAACAAGAGAAGAAAAUAUUCUAAUUUAUACAUUUAUAUUUGGAUCUUUUUUUCUUGCUACAUUUUAUGAGACAAUCUGCGUAACUUUUAUGUUAACUGAUUCAACAAUGAGAUCUGCUUUUUCUAUUAAAGAGUUGAAUGCUACUAAUACUAAGUUCCAUACAUAUUUUGACCGUAAAACUAUUGAAAAAGCAGACUUACAAUCGAUUCGAGAGGAGUUGGUCUUAAAUGAAAUUAACAUACUAAAUCCAGCAUAUUUACAGAUUCCUGACAAUCUUGACGUAAAUUUAGUUUAUACUUUACAGUGUCAAUACACAGAUUAUUUCUUAAAAUCUUCACAAAAUUACAAAAACAGCCAGCAGUUAUUUGAUAAGAUAAUAUUAAGACAAAAUUAUCAGAAUUUUUUGAUAAACAAGGGAUUUUUCUACAAAGAUGAGUUCAUAAGCAUGAUUGAAGCUUUAGUAGAAUCAGGAAUUUAUCAAUUUUGGCAAAAAGAAGCGAUCAGAGAGUCGUCAAUUGAAUUAAGUCCAAUGAUAUCUUUACAAAAAGAUAUUAAUAGAAUUGAAUUUGAAAAUAUGGCACUUCCUGUUGUGGUUGUACUGAUUGGAUGUUUGGUAGCUUUAGUUUCAUUUUUAGUAGAAUUGAUAAUAUUUAAGUUUCAUCAUAGAGUGAAAAUUGAAGCAUCAAAGAUAGGAAAUCAUAUCCGAAAAAAGAUAAAACUUACAAAAUGGACGAGGAAAUACAUCUACAAUGAGAAUCUUAAAGAAAAGUUUCUCAGUUUUAAGAUAAAUCAAGUCAAAUGCAGUCAGAUGAUUUCAAUAAGAUAUAUCAAGACAUAUCGGAAGUCAUGUUUGAAGAGCUUUGCUUCGUAUAUUUACACAAGGGACAUUUUGCGAUCAAAAAAUGAGGAGACAUUAAAUGGAAGCUUCUUUUUGUCUAAGAAAUAUCGAAAAUGUAUGGUUGAUCCUAAUUUUCAAAAUACAAGUCCAAGAACAUCAAGAGUUAUCAAGACACCGAGAAUCAAAAAAUUAACUACUAAUUUUAAGAAUCUAUUCAAGAAUAAAAGGCAGGUUCAUCCAAACAUAACUCAUAAAAUCAUUCAAGUUGGUCCUUGGAGAACUGAAAAUUAA